CCACCUUCACAGGGAAGAACUUCUGCCUAAGAGCUCAUCUCAAUCUCCCCUCUUUCAUCUUUUCUUUCCUCAGUUUAACAUUACCAGUCCCUCUCUGUGUAUGCAGUGACCCACCAAAGCAAGAAAAUCCUCAGCUCAUGGAGGAUCACAGCUAAGCAACCAUUCAUGUAGUAAGACUUUUCUCUUUAAAUCUGGUUCAGACCACUGCUAAAAGAGAAAGAUCUAUGACCUCUGUACAAUGCACAUCUCAGAGUAUAGUAGCCCACCUGGGAGCAGGCAUUCUUCCGGGCACUGAAACUGUGCCUGUAGGGCAACACCUACACCAAAAGCCAGGAAUGGUGUGUGUUUGGGUUACAUGGGAACCGAAGAAAAGCCAGUGCUUUUUCCCAGCUUGUUCACAGCUGUCUGGCUUGCUUGCAUCAGCCUGCUGCUGUAAACUCCAAAGGUACAAGAAGAAGGUACAAGAAAAGGAUUUCUUCAAGACAGAAAUAAGUGCUCGUACAAAGAUUAACUACAAACACAGUAUAUCAUUGAUCACUGUGCCCAAAUGAGGUUUUGAGACCACAGUUUUAACGAAAAAUGAGUCAGCUCUUGCCAAGAAAUCAAUUGCAGAGAUGCGAAACACAAGGGUGCGCUAACUUUUAAGUAAAGGGAAAAAAAACAAAGCAUGUCUUUAUAUCUCUGGUUUGAUGCUCUUUGCUGCACUCACAAUGGGCUAUAAUGUGCUUUCCGAUUUUCCAGCAUGAAGUCCUAAUCUGAUGAUAUUCUAAUGAAGCGAGAAAAAUGCCCAACACAAGAACAGCCUGGCAGUUCUGCAGUAAAACAUGAAGCUAAAGCCAGGUCCUGAGUGCUUAAAACCACAUUGUUGUUUCCUUGUAAAGUACUUAAUCCUCCUCCCCAUACAUAAUGGGAAACAUUUCCAUACCUCUUUGUUGCUUAAGGUAAGCAUGUCAAACACUGAGUAUUAUGUCUGGAAGGGUUCUUAUAUAAUCUUUUCCUCUGCCCAAGUCAGGGUCAAACAUUUCUUUGCUACUCUAGAUCAGCAUUUGGCUGACCUCUGUUAAAGCCAGCUGAUAAUGGAGACUGCACAGUCCUUGCAGGGAAACCAGUCCACUGCUUCACCAGUUAACUAUUAAUGUUCCUGGAGGUUUGUUUAUAGACUCCUGACACGAGUAAAGGGCUCUAGAGAUGAUUUUCCGAAGGACCCAUUCAUCAAGGAGCAUGGAGUUUCUUUCUGCGAGCUCUCAUCUUUAAACAGAGAGCAAGGAUUCAGAUGCAAAGUAGAAAGGCUGAGGACAAAACAUUCCUUAAAGAGGGUUUCAGUUCUUGACAGUGGAACCAGGAAGUUGGAGGUUUUUCUCAGCAUUCUGUAUGCACAGUCAUACCAGCGCACACUUUGAAACUUUCACUGCACAUCUGUGCAUCACUGCAUGGUCUAGGCACCACGCCAGAGGCUGAAUUCCUGCGAGUCCAUGCAGCUCCCACACAUUUACAGCACUAGGACCCAGAGGGAGCUUCAUUUCUGUGAGUCAGUGCAGCUAGCUGAGCCGUGCGAGCAGUGAAUGAGGCUGGAAAGGCAGAGGGAAUGUGAAUGGCUCUUCUGGCUUGGAAAAGUGUCCACGGACUGGGGUGCUACGGACUACAAACCAGCUUGGACAACCCUCCAGAUUCCCGGUACUGCCGGCAUCCAGUGCCGCUGCUCUGAGGUGCAUAGCGUAAUGUCCAUGCUGUACUACACUCUGAUCAUAGCUUUUUUGAUCGGCACACAGGCAGCUCCAAAGUCAGAGGACAAUGUUCCACUGGAGUAUCCUGCAGAACACUCCCCGCUCAAUACCCACCAGAGUAACGGACACCACGUUCCCAAGGCAGCUCCACAGACAUCCCAGGGCCACUCUACUUGGACGAUAAGUAGAAGAGAAGCUAUAAAUAUCACCAUGGACCUCAAGGUUUUUAAGAAGAGGCGAUUCCAGUCUCCUCGGGUGCUGUUCAGCACACAGCCCCCCCCAGUGUCAGGGCAAGGACACAACAUGGGAUUUCUCAGCAGUGCAGGUUCUCUAAACAGGACUGCCAGGACCAAGAGGACUGCACAUCCCGUGUUACACCGGGGAGAGUUCUCAGUGUGCGACAGCGUCAGCAUGUGGGUUGGGGACAAGACCACAGCCACUGACAUUAAAGGCAAAGAGGUGACGGUGCUGGGAGAAGUCAACAUUAACAACAAUGUUUUUAAGCAGUACUUUUUUGAGACCAAGUGCAGGGACCCUAAGCCAGUGUCCAGCGGGUGCCGAGGGAUCGAUGCAAAGCACUGGAACUCUUACUGCACCACCACACACACCUUUGUCAAAGCGCUGACCAUGGAGGGCAAACAGGCGGCCUGGAGGUUCAUCCGCAUCGACACUGCCUGCGUGUGUGUGCUCAGCAGGAAGUCAGGGAGACCCUGAGGUGCAUCUAAACCCCUUGAGAACAUCCUCCUACCCCCCUACCUCAGUCUGUAAAUUAUUUUAAGUUAUAAAGGACUGCAUGGUAUAUUUAUAGUUUAUACAGUACAAAAAAAGAACCUUGUUAUUUAUUAAACUCUUUUGGAAACUU